AUGUCUGCAAUCGGCAUCGGCGCGCUGCCCCUCGAACUGCUCGGUGAAGUGAUCACCCACUGCUCCACCAGUCACUGGGCUGCACCACUCAUUCUCGGUGCCGUGUCGCGUCUGCUUCGGGACGUCGCGUUCCGCACACCCACGUCUUGGCGCACGCUCAAGCUUAAAGAGGGGGACGACCCAGAAAAGGCACAUUUGUGGUUCAGCCGCUCUGGAGCAUGCAGCAUCGAUCUCCACAUCCAACUCGACGGCAAAGACACACCCGAAUCGCUCCUGGCACCGAUUCUCUUUCCCCUACAUCGGAUCGGAUCCAUAACCCUGAAUGUGCAGACUCAGCUCCAGGCCAGUCAGGCUCUGGCCUGUAUGUAUCACGAGCCCAUCGCCCUACGCACUCUGCGAAUCUGUGCCACUUCGCAGGACGCGCUCCCCGUGGCCAACCCCCCUACGUUCCCCGCGCUCUCAGGAAUUACUCAUCUGGAAGUGACCAAUGUCGUGUUGUCGUCACUGCCUGGUCUGGACCUCAGAAGUCUCCAAAGCUUCUGUCUCGCCCAGCCCCUUGUUUCGUCGCCUAUUUCCGGAGACGAUGUCUUGGCACUCUUACAUUUUGCCCCCGGCCUGCGGAAACUUUUCAUCGAGGCUCGCCUGACUGAACCGAGUGCGGCGGAGAUGAAUUCCGACCACGAGGAAGAGGAGGAGGAGACCCUGCAUCUGCCCGAGCUCGAGGCACUCGAACUCAGGGCCAAUAACAUCAUUCCCGUGCUCGACCACCUGACCGUUCCGUCUCUCACGGAUUUGCGGAUCAAGGAUUUCGACGGGCGACGAGCAGGAGCCUCAGAGGAACUGGGUGCAUCCUUGCAUCGACUCCUUGUGAGGAUGGAGUUGGGAGAGGGGAAAAUAAAAAACAACGAUCUUCAUCGGCUAGAGGUGGCUGGACUCAGCGUCGACCAGACACACGAAGCUUGGGAGAGAUGUCUACGCAAAAUGAAGAGGCUGCAGGUGCUCAGAUUUGAUUCGCCAGCAGACGAGGUGGCUCUCACGUCACUUCCACCAUUCCAAGCGCCAACGACGGCUGCGGUUCCGAGGGAGAUUCGCGCAGGGUUCGAUUUCGGAUUCGGGUACAAUUGA